GUGUUAUAUCAACAUGUCCAGACUCUGUGGUAAACCCGGCAAAACGCCUCUAUCAAUAAACGCAUGUGGGCAUUCGACCAGUCGUCUGUGCAAACAUGUGCCACGAUGCUCCUUGCUUCAAGACGAUUCCAAGUUCUGCCCCUGGCAUAUAUGCAAGAAAUACGGCGUAGCAACCAACUUAACAGCCCGGCCAUCCACCUGGUGCGAAAAGGCCCGGGUCCGUUUUGAUGCGAACGGGUUCUCGUCAUCCAAAGUUAUCGCUGUCAUGCCCGGCAGCACCAGGACCGGCAGCAGCAACGGUGGUGGGCAUGGCAUCCGCUACUGUCGCAGUAUCACGGCAGUGCUUGUUGCGUUCGUCGGUCGAGUCUGCGAAUCCCCAUUAACAGAGCCCAGGGGGACGACACUGAUAGGCCAGCGAAUCCGGGUACUGAGACCUUCAGAACGGAGACAGAUGCACGAGCUCCUGCGGGAGGGUCGUGAUCACCUCACUUGCCCAUUCGACCAGUGGUAUGAUUUUGCUGAAACGUGGGGAAUGAGAAGGCUGGUUUUAGGUUGGGAGAUGGUAUCAGAAGGAUACUGCUCAAGGCCGCAUAGGUAUCGUCCAGGCUGGGAAGUAAACUUUUUCGAAUGCCGUGAAGUUGUCAAUGUGUCCUGGCAAGGAAUAUCGCCUCAUAUUCAGAUGAAAAGAGAUCAUACUGUUGUUUGCGUGCUUGUUGGGCUUGGUGGUCUAUCGGAGGACGCAAGGCCGUAGUGCGAGCAGCAACAACACCGCGACAAUCAUCAGUGCCUACAGUGCAGCAGCAUCCGGCGUCGAAAUACUUAUUCGAUUCACGGAGUGGAUUAAUCGGGACUGGGCGAUGUCGGUUUGUCAACUGCUGGCUUUCGGACAUAUCAAGAGACUCGGAUAGUGUUGAGUUUUCAUCACCAUUCUUGAGACGAUUGUCAUUCCUCGGUUGAACUGACC